AUGUAUCGCCCAUCGAUGCUGUUCAUCGCCUCCCUGUUCGUACUGCAGUAUGCAUCCGCAGUCACACUCAAUGACUUUACCCCGCGCUUGAACGACCUGACUGGCACCUGUCAAACCAUCUACACCUCCAACAUCGAUGGCUGUACUGGUCAAGACUUCCAGACCGGAGAAUGCUCUUCUUCUUGCGUUUCGGCCUUGCUCUCAUUGGGAACCACCGUCAGAAAUGCCUGCCAAGGUCAGCACAAUGAUGGAAGCAAUAUCAUUGCCGCCUUCAUCAAGGGCCAAGGUGCACAAAACCUCUGCAGAAACGCCGCCAGCGUGAUGCAAGCCAACACCCUCCAGCAAACCUCAGCAUCAUUCUCCAUCGGCUCCAGCACCAUGACCGUCAGCGACUUGACUCCCAGUAGAACCAGUAUCAUAGUCGAUACAUCAAGCUUGAGCACCAGUUUCGUUACCGCGCUUAGUACCGCCACCAUCCAGCCACUUGCUGUCUCCAGCAGCUCGGACGAUGCAGUGUUUACUGGCCUCACCUCUACCAUCACCGGAACGUCUCUUGCCUUCGCCACCAGUACACCAUCGUCAGUGCUCAUGGCCACCGAGACCAGACUCUCAUCGACUCAAGCUGCCAAGCACACCAACACCGAGGCCAGCAGUGGCGGCACUCCGUUCGAUUCAUCUUCUGCAGCCCACAGAGGCAGCGCUUCCUACCUGGCACUGCUGAGCGGUGUCCUCGCCUUCCUAUUUCUCCACUAG